AUGGGAUAUCUAACAGAGUUCAUUCUAUCCUCGGCGCAGCGAUCUCCUCUUUUGGCACACCAGAUGUUAUGGAAUAUUAAAACGAAUAUUUUUCGGGACGAGGAAGCCCUUGAACGAGAUGCCGAAAUCGGUCUUCAAUUAGAUGCCAUGUCCGAAGAGAUCAAGAAUGGAUUUACUGGGCCUGCGCUUGCUUUCUAUCGUCGAGAAUUUGAGUUCUUCGAUCAGAUUACUGGAGUUUCAGGAGAAAUAAGAACAUUUCCUAAAGGAACAGCCCGAAAAAAGGCUUGCUUGGAAGCGCUCAAUCGGAUUAAACUACGUCCAGGCUGCUACCUGCCCUCGAAUCCGGAGUCGAUUGUACUUGAGAUCGAUUAUCAAUCGGGCACACCGAUGCAAUCGGCUGCCAAGGCUCCCUUUUUAGCCAAAUUCAAGGCAGGCUUCCAAUAUAUUAUUUCACACUUAAAGAAUCUUUGGCUCAACAAGAAAUGA